GGGGACGAGAUCGGCGGCCUCAUCCAGCCCGGCGACAUCAUCCGCCUCACCAAGGGGUACGCCUCUCUGUGGAAGGGAUGCCUGACGCUUUACACGGGGCGAGGCGGCGAGCUGCACAAAAUUGGGGAGUUCUGCAUGGUGUACUCGGAAGUGCCCAACUUCAGUGAGCCCAACUCGGAGCACCUCAGGCAGAACAAACUGGCACAGGGUGAACAGAAUAAUUGCACUGCAUCAAGUAAUAUGGGUUCUUGUACUUUCGGGCCACUGGGAAAUGGCAUGCAGAGCGGAGCGGAGCCGAGCGCCUUCCCGUUUGCGUAUAGCCCUGGCCCCUCCUGUGCAGGUAGCGGGAGAGGCGGUGGCCGAGGACAUGUAAAUCCCACCCUGGCUAACAGCACCCAGCCUCCUCCCCCCGCUGUCGCUAACGGGAGGGACCCACGCAGAGCCUUUAAGAGAUGACAGUGCCAAAUGUGGUUCUACAGCUUGCUCGAACUCUACACUCUACUUGAACACUUAUUGCACUUUUAUUUAUGGUUAACUGUGAACCAGUUUGUCCUUUAUUUUGGGUUUUUAACCUUUCAGUCUAUG